AAUCUCAUGGGGGAGGGGAGGUACAGACGAAGUCGUCUGACACUGCAACAUUAAAGAAAAAGAUCUCUGAGGCCUUGCAAAGGAGUCUUGAUUCAUGCAGGGAGGAUUGCUUUGACUGUGUUAAUCCUGUUCAAGCAGGAGCUGCCCAAGAAGCUGAGGAAUAGAUUUUAGCAAUCUGGAUUUAAGAAGGUGAAACAUGUCUCUUCCCCGACAGCUGCGCGAAAAGAGUGAUUUUGACCAGCUUCCCGAUGAUGUCCCUGUUUCAGCUAACAUUGCAGAUAUUGAAGAGAAGAAAGGCUUUACUAAUUAUUAUCUGUUUGUCAUUGAAGUAAAGCUUAAAGGUGGUGGCAGAUACCUGAUUUUCCGACGCUAUCGUCAGUUCUAUGCCCUGCACACCAAACUAGAGGAGAGAUAUGGGGCAGAGAGCAAAAACAGUCCUUUUACCUGCACACUCCCUGUAUUGCCAGGAAAAGUUUAUGUUGGGUCCAAAAAGGAAAUUGCUGAGAACAGGAUUCCUAUCCUAAAUGUCUACAUGAAGAACCUACUCUGCCUACCUGCUUGGGUGUUGAUGGAUGAAGAGGUACGGCUGUUCUUCUACCACUCAACCUUUGAUUGUGAACAAGUGCCUCACAGACUGAGACGGCUUCGCCCACGGACACGCCGAGUUAAAAGCAUUUCACCUCAAGUGCCUGUUUCUGACCGUGUGGCAACUCCACGGGCUGAGGCUCUCUUUGAUUUUUCUGGAACCAAUAAACUGGAACUCAGCUUCAAGAAGGGAGACUUGAUCUAUCUACUCAGCAGAGUAAACAAAGACUGGUUGGAGGGAACAGUUGAUGAUGCCACUGGAAUAUUCCCAUGUGCUUUUGUGAAGAUCAUAAAAGAUUUACCACAGCAGGAAGACACAGUUAAUAAAAUUCGUUGUUAUUACCAUGAUGAGGCAGUGAGCACUAUCAGGGAUAUCUCAGUGGAAGAGGAUCUGAGCAGCAUUCCAUCAUUCAAAGAUCUCAUGAAAUUGAUGAGGCGGGAGUUUGACCAAGAUGACAUUGUUUUGAAUUACCGGGACCUUGAUGGUGAUCUGAUCCGGUUGCUCUCUGAUGAGGAUGUUGAACUCAUGGUGACUCAGAGCAGAAGGAGGCCAUCUGAGAAGCAUUUCUUCCCUUGGAAGCUGCACAUUACUCAAAAAGAUGACUUGGGUGUCUACAACACUAGUCCAGGAACAGGUCUACUCAAGCAGUAAGAGCAACAUGAGUGCUAUAUAGAGACUUUCCAGUCGGUAGCUAUACAGUCCUGCCAUAAUUCCUCUUUGCAGACAGUUUCCUUUAACAAGCCUUUGAAGUGAUCUUGAAAAGAGCAAUUUUUAGUAAUAUAUUACCUUCAAUGUAAAAUCUGUACUUAGUUAACUUCUUCAGCUUUUUAGCACUCCUCUGUAAGAGACACAAGUACAUAGAGACCAGAUAAAGUGAGGAACAGAGAAAUAAAAUCACUGGCCGUAUUUGCCAAGCAAGUCAGUGUUAGCUUGCAAUAGAUGUUUAGUGUCCUGAGCCCCAAGAACUGCUCUAAUCUCUGUUCUCACUCCCAGAGCUAGUUAAUUUGUCCAGAAUGUCUUCAUAAGCUUUUUUCCUAGACUGUCAUGAUUUUCUCUUCACUUGCUGAUAUGAAGGUUUGUGUGCCAGUGCUUACAAACACGUAAUUAUUUCUGUCAGGUUGGAGUCUACUGGUCAUUCAGAGUUUGUUCUGGAAACAUCAAGAAAACUCUUUCAUAUAUCAGUGAAGAAAUUGCAGCCUACCUUUGCUUUCUUUUUCCCACUGACCAAAGUUCUGAAUUCUGUGAAUCAAACCUAGUACACCUGUGGUGUUCCUUGUAGAUGUUUUUGUAAUUGUACAUGCUACUUAUUUCCACAUUCUGGGAAAAUUUGUGUGAUGCCAAUUCAAAUAGCACUUUCUUCUCUGUCUGCCUUCUGCUUUCUCACACCUCAUUGAAAAGUAGAACUAACAAGAAAUUACUGUAUCAGAUUCUUCAACAAAUAAAGUUACGUAUGAGAUUAUUUUAUCAGUUUCAGUACAAAAGGAGUUUUUUUGGGAUAUGAAAUAAUUUUGCUCCUUUUUUUUGCUUGAAAGUGAGAUAAUUUUGGAAGAAGAGUUUGCAUGUCACCUAUUCAGCUUUCCUUAAGGAGGAGUUAUAUUAUUGCAAAAGAAUGUAUCUUGCAAUAAUUUCUUCAAUGGUCAUGCAAUUAAAAUAUUUUCUUCUUGAACAAAGUUACUGCUACUUGUAAGAAUUACAAGUUAUGUAUGUUUUACAUAAAUUGUUUGAUACCUAAAAUACUGCAUUUUAAAAACAGCAUGCAGUCAUGAUGUUAAAGAGAUACCAACAAGUAUAAUCAGUAAAAAAUAAGAAGUUAAAAGAGUGUUCAAACACCAUGCUUUGCAUUCAAGUGUUAGUUUCAGUGGUACUAAGCUACAAUUCCUAAUGGUACAAUUCUGUGGUACUAAGGUACAAGAAGGUUGUUCUUAACCUACUGCUAAAAUUUGUACAGAAAAAAGGGAAGAUUAAUAAGUAUCUGCAGGUACUAAGAAACAGUUAACUAACAAUGCAUGAAUAAUUAACCUACCCUUCCCCAAACUGGCAAAAUAAUGUUUUCUCUUUUUCUUAGAUGUUACCUGUAAUGCUAUCAGAUAAUAAGAUCUUCAACAACAACAAAAGUAUUUAAGGCAACUUACCCUUUAAACUUUUUUUCUUCCUGAUGUGUAUACAUGAACUUAUUUAUAUACAUAAGCUUUAAUAUUGUAUUAUCUGUGGCCCUGCAUUUAUGCAUUUAAGUGUAUUGGAAAUAAAGGAAAGAGUUUAUAUUUAAA